AAGUGUCCUAUGUAUCGACAUCAAAAUGAAUAGUAAUGAUACAGGGGAGUUCAAUGACUCUGAGGCGUUUAAACGUCGACGAACAUCAGAAGCUUCAGAUUCAACGGCUGGUAUGACUAGUUCACAUGGUAUGCAUACCUCAAAACAUUUAACUGAAGCAACGCUGCCACAUGAUGGCGCCAACAGCGGUUUUCGUAGAGAUUCAUUAACCGAGCCGGCACCCACAAACAACAAUCUGUUGGAGGAUGAAACUAAAAAUGUUUAUAAUAACGAUGUAAUGCCGAAUCAAAGCUGUACUCCAAUGGAAACGGCAUCAGUUGGACCUAACAUAAAUGAGACAUCAUCUUCUAGCAAUCUAUCUUCAUAUACACUUCCAAAUAGAAUGAGUGAAAGGACGAUGGGAACUAUUUCUACUAGUAGCAGUGACCUAGACCACACAUUGUCAUCGAUAGCAUCGGAGACAGUUCGUGCCACACCAAUAUUUACUACCGCAGAUGGUGUAGCACUUCCACCAAUUGAUCCAUUGUUGUUGGCAAGGACCCGUUCAUUGUUAUUUGAAGAUGAUGAUACUGAUUAUUCGGGUGGAUCACGGGAGCACAAUGGAAACCCGCGAAAUAAUGCGGCAUUUGUUCUGUCUAAAAUGGGACAUCAUCAAAACGCAGCAUUCAAAUCGCUUCCAUUUGUAAGCCCUAGGGUAAUCCAACCGAGAAAAGAUAUAACGAAGGCUGCUGUAGAUGCUAAACGUAACUUAAAUGAUAGUUGUAGAGCACAAUUCAGAAUGCCCUCCGCAAGAAACAGUGAUCCCAAGGAUACUAAAAACGUAUCAAUUUCUCAUAAUGACAGUAAACCUGUCGUUAAAAGGACAAAAAAGAUUCUUACACUGUCAGAGCUCUGGCAUAAAAACAGCACUUCCACAACCCAUGAUAUGUCUAAUUUAUCCCCGGCAAAGUUAUCUGAAAUGUGGAGGCAAUAUGGCAACCCGUUCUGCACAAACUAUGAUAACGCACUGAAAUUCAAGUAUAUCAACUAUUCGACGAAAGAUUCUUCUGUAACCAUUGGAGGAGUUGAAGAGUUUCACCAAUGCUUGAAGCAGUGGGUGGAACAAAUGGAUGAGUGCCGUGCUAAAAAACGAAAAAUAUUUAAAGAAUGGUUUCAUGAAAAAUAUCGACUAUUUACAGCAAGGAAGUGUAGGAUAUAUCGUCGUAAUAUCCACAAAUUGAUGCGCAAUAACCAUACUCUAGAAGAUGCGUUGUUGAUGGUCCAGCUUCCUAAACCACUCGAUAUUUUAAAACGUAUUCAAAAGGUAUGCGAUGAUGAACACAGAGGGAAAGAGUCUACAUUGACAAAGAUAUUUUAUGGUGAUGAGCAAUGCAAUGUCCCAGUGGUUGUGACAGUAGAACAUGUAGAUGGCGAUCAUCUUAAAAUUGCAGAUGAAAGUUCAGUAUUUGUGGCAUUUGCAGCAGAUGACUAUGUUAAAGAACAAAUAAAGAAUAAACGCAUAUCCCGAGGAACGAAAAUAAGGCUGCAUGGUGUUCGAUUUGUGCCAGAUGAUUACGGUGAUCAAAUGGUUGAGUUGAGGUUUAAUCAAAUUUCUCCUGCUGCGAAUCAACGUUUAGGUCUGCAAAACAGACAUACUAAUGUAAAUAUAAGAGAACUCAAAAUCGGAGGUGGAUCCGUGGCGAAAAUGGAUGUUACCAUUCUUAGCAUUUGCCCUCCUGCAUAUAAGGUAACAUAUAAGGAAAAAGAAACUACUGUACCAAAAACUGUGGUAUUGAGUGGAGAUCAUUUUAAUGCAUUCAUGUCUAAUUCUGAACUUUCUCAGCGAGUGAAUAUCGAGUACAUAGAAACAUGGCAUAAGCUGUAUUUCAUCGAUACAAUUAUCCUAAGCAAGAUCAAAAACUGCCUACAUGACACCCAAAAAUUUGAACAAGAACUGAUCAAUUCAACUGGAAUGCUAAGUAUGAGAAAUAUGCAUUAUUCAGUGUUGGAACAGUUGAGGAAGACGCCGAGAAUGGAAGUCACUAGCCUCCAGAUGCAAUCUAGAAUUAUGGCAAAGAUAUUGAGAAGGUUCAAAAAUUGUGAUGAUCUAGUUAGGAAAACGCCAUUCUUUAUGACCACAUCGGGUAGUAGUGUCCUAGUGAAUGAGCAUGAUUACAGGUUGGAAAACAUACGUAAAUUUGUGGAAAGUUAUAAGGAAUUGCCCCAAAACAAAAAAGAAGGUAAAAAUAGAAACGUUAAUAGAGAAAGCCGGAAAUCUAUUUAUCACACGUUACUUCUGGGAGAACCAGCAAUGUCAAUUAGCCCAUAUGAAGAAAAUGAAUUUUAUGAGCUGAUGUGUCGAAAAAACGGACUAAACAAUGAUGAGAAUGUUGACGUAUUUAUAGGACAAUUAUGUGCAAUAUCAGGGAAUGUAAUUGAAGUAACCGAAAUUGGUAGCCGUAGCACGGCGGCAAGACCGCAAUUCAAGGCAUUUUUCCUGACGACACGACUAAGCAUAGCUGCUGUAACAAUACGGGAAUCGGUAGAUACAUUUCCACUUGUCCAUGAUAGAAGCCAGACAGCAUUAGCAACGUUGGAUCUUGUGAGGUAUCGGCUGAUGAGAUAUAGGUUAAUUUUGGCGAAAGACCCAAAGGGACGAAUGGAAAGGAAGUGCAGCCCAUUUGCAAUGUUGAAGCAUCUAACAUAUAUUGGAUAUGAUACACACAACGGUGUACACAAUUUCGAAGCUGCAAGUCAUCAGGUCGAAAUUUCCAAUUAUGACAUGUUUAAACCACUAGUAGAAAGUCUAAAUGAUGGUAUCAUAUUUGUGGAAGGUAAAACAGCGGUAAUUAGUUGUAAAGCAGUGAAAGAAAAAGAAGGAAACAACGUAGACAAACAUUCCCUACGGUUUAUCAGCAUAUUGUCGCAAGCGAAAUUAAAAAUUAAGCGUUUGUUGUGUACAAUGGACGACGAACAAUCGCUGUGCAAUGAAAUGAUCCAGGCGUGCAGUUAAAUGGCUAUGCAAUACUACGCGUCUA